AUGAAGCCUCUCUUGUUCGCCUGCUUCGCCGCCUCGGCCUCGGCCGCCAUCGACAGGCUGGCCGUCGUUCGCGCCUUCAACCCCGAGCGGACCGCGAGCUCCGACGAGACCCCUCUGCAGGUCGGCAACGGCAACUUCGCCUUUGGCGCCGACAUUACCGGCCUCCAGACCUUUAAGCCCUUUGCGAGCAUGUCGACGUGGGCAUGGCACAGCUUUGCCCUUCCCAAGGCCGAGAACCAGACCUCGCCCGAAGAUUUCAGAGGUGUCGAGUGGGACACCCACGGCCGGCCCGUCGCCUAUAACCAGCCCAACGAGGAACAGCCUGAACUCUCCAAUUGGCUCCGCGAGAACCCCCACCGCCUCAACCUGGACCAUUGCCGAUCCCAACUCCGACACCAUCGCCGUCACCAUCGACUCGACCUCCUGGCCUCCGGCGACCUCUUCCUCUUCCUCGACUUCCCCUACCCGACCAAGGACAAGUUCAAUGCCCCCUUUGUCGGCGUCUACAACCAAACCGACCUUCACAGCACCGACCUCGUCGAGUCCUCUGACAGCGCUGCCGAGGUCCGCCACACCCUCGACGAGGCCGAGUACAGCGUCUUCCUCCGCUGGGAGGGGAACGCCACCGUCUCCGCGCCGGAGGACGGAUCGCACAGGUACUUCCUCCGCACCGAAGGCGGCGGCAGCGGCAGCGUGCUCAAGUUGACCGUCACGUUCGCGGAGCGCGACGUCUUUGCGGAGAGCGUGCCCCCUUCCGUCAUCAAUAUCGCCGAGGAGGCCGAGAUAUGGUGGGGAAAUUUCUGGCAGGGCGGUGCCUUUGUCGACUUGACCGCCACAGACGCGGAAGAUGCGUGGGAACUGCAGAAGAGGGUUGUUUUGUCGCAAUACCUCAUUGCUGUGAACUCGGCUUCUGACCUGCCCCCUCAAGAAUCCGGUCUCGUCAACAACGGUUGGUUCGGCAAGUUCCACCAGCCCCACCCCAUGUACUUUGCCGAACUCGAGCGCCGCCGCGCCGCCGCCGUCUCUCCCGAGGAGGAGGCCGUCGUGCUCGCCAAGUGGGACGACAUCCUCUCCAUCACCGCCGACUUCAUGGCCUCCUUUGCGUGGUGGAACGAAACCUCCGAGUUCUACGACCUCGGCGCCCCCAUGUAUCCCGCCUCCGAGAACACCGACCCGAAAGUCACCCGAAACCCCACCUUUGAGCUCGCCUACUGGCGCUUCGGCCUCGACAUCGCCAUCCAGUGGAAGGAGCACCUCGCCGUCCCCGCCCCCGACGAGUGGAUCGACGUCCGCGACUUUCUCGCGCCCCUCCCCAUCGUCGACGGCACGUUCCCCGUCUACGAGGGCAUCCCCGACAUGUGGCUCGAUCUCGACGCCGUACGCCGUACCGCCGAGCACAUCAAAGAGUUUUGGGACCUCGAUCAGUCCUUUGGCUGGGACUUUCCCAUGCUCGCCAUGAACAGCUUGCGGCUCGGCGAGGUCGCCGAUGCCGUCGAAUAUCUCCUGCACCCUACCUUUGCCUUUGACGACGCCGGCUAUCCCAUCGGCGGCACGCGUGUGCCUACCCCUUACUUUCCUAGUUCGAGCUCGCUCCUCGUCGCCGUCGCCAUGAUGGCGGGAGGCUGGGAGGGUGCGGAGGGCCCCAUUUCCCCGAAGCGUGGGAAGCAGUCGCUGCAGGGUUUGGCCCUACUUUGUGAGGCGUGA